GUGGUUGUGUUCAACAUGCUAGGAGCUACAAACCUCAAACAACAACAAGAAGAACAUGCUAGUAGCUCCAUAUUUACCCUCCAACAAGUUUUGUAAGUUUUAUAAACGUUGUGGUUUGCUUCCAAGUAGAAGAGAAAACUGGACAUAUUCAGGUAGCUUUUAAUUAGCAAGUUAAACAUGUUGUCGUCCGUCGCCUCUUCGUUCGUGCGAAACGGGAGGAAAAUAUCGGUCCCUGUUUCCAGAUUGUCAAUCUUAUCAAAUUCACCUAAAACACCGACUCUGACCGGGGUACAGGGUGUGUCGCGACACCGGACAUCCAGGCUUCUGACACCGACUCCCUGGCAGCUACCCACGGGACUAAGCUCCAGGUCUGUGUCCCGAGAUGACAGAGACCCCCCAGACUCCCCUUCAGUCGAGCUUGACCACGAAAACUUCGGCUCGCUGUCCGUCGACAUGGCCUCCAGGAGGUCCUUCAGGAAAAGCAGCCCAGCCAUGCGUGAGCUGCGACACCAAGAAGACCAUGCGGAGGAAGGAGAGGAGGAGGAGGAGGAGGAGGAGGAAGAUCGCAGGAGGCCCGGGAGGAGAAACACACCGUACUGGUACUUUUUACAGUGCAAGAAGCUGAUCAAAGAGAACAAGCUGCAGGAGGCUUUGGACAUGUUCAGCAGAGACAUGCUGAAGGGAGAGAGGCUGCAGCCGGAGGAGUUCAACUACUCGGUCCUGAUCGGAGGCUGUGGUCGAGCUGGACAACUCAAAAAGGCCUUCAAACUCUACAAUGAUAUGAAGAAGCGAGGUCUAGAGGCUGGAGAUGCGACCUACACCGCACUGUUCAACGCCUGCGCUGAGUCUCCUUACAAACAAACCGGUCUUCAGCAAGCACUGAAGUUGGAGCAAGAACUCCGUCGCAAAAAUGUCCCCAUGAGCACCAUCACAUAUCACGCUCUUCUCAAGACCCACGCCGUCACCAACCACCUUCAGGCUUGUAUUCACACAAUGAGGGAAAUGCUACAGAACGGACAUGUAGUUACACAGGAGACGCUUCAUUACCUGCUGAUGGGCUGCUUGAAGGACAAAGAAAUAGGAUUCAGACUGGCUUUACAGGUGUGGCGCCAGAUGCUGCAGUCGGGGAUUCUUCCAGACACAAAGAACUACAACCUGCUCCUGAGAACUGCCAGGGAUUGUGGGAUUGGCGAUACUGGUUUGGCCUCUGCUGUUCUGCUGAGUGACGGUGAGAGUCGGAAAAAGAGGAGAGGUGUUUCAAAGUCUAAGUGCAAGGACGAAAUUGACAUCGACCUUCUGGAGAGGCAGUUGUUUCUCCAGCCUGAUCCGCCCAGAGACACUCAGAAGGGCAGCAGACACAGUGAGGAGGUCAACACCAGACAAGACUCAACCCAUUUGAUCCCAGUCAGACAAGAAGAAAACAUCUCACUACCUGUGAAUGUAGCAGCUGAUUCCAUCACCCCUAACCUCCUGGACUUUUUUGAGGGGAAAAGAGGUGCUGUGAUCUCCCUUGGCACUGUUGACGGAGCAUGUGAUAGGCUGGCCCUCAUCGGUGGUGCUGAUGGUUUCCUGGAGAAGAUGGCAGCUAAUGGACUCAGGCCAGACCUCAAAACUCUGACCCUGCUGGCUGACACCAUGGAGCCGGGCUACCAGUCUCUGCAGGUGUUGUUAAAGGUUGCCAAACAGCAUCAGCUGAAGCCUGAUCUCGGCUUCUUCAACUCUGUGAUUCACAAAGCAGCAAAAGCCAAUGACCUGGAGGGGGCAAAGGCUGUGCUGAGUGUGAUGCGACGGCGGAAUGUAAAAGUGGAUAUACAGACAUUUGGAUGUCUUGCAUUAGGGUGUGCUCAACAGAAAGACGGCCUUCAGCUGCUGAAAGACAUUGAGGAGGCAGGACUGAGACCCAACGUCCAUGUGUUCUCAGCUCUUAUUGGUCGAGCAAGUCAGAGACUGGAUUACGUUUACCUGAAAACACUCCUGAAGUCCAUGAGGGACAUGAGAGUGUGGCCUAAUGAGGUCAUCAUCCGACAGCUGGAGUUUGCUGCACAGUAUCCACCGAAUUAUAACCAGUACAAGUCCAGAAACAACUACCUGGUCCAUAUAGAUGGUUUCCGUGGUUACUACCAGUACUGGCUGAGACACAUGCCCGCUCAGAGCGCUGAGGACAAGCAGGCGGCGCUGCAGUCUGAGGCUGAAGCUGCAGCUCUGAAAACAGAAGCUGCAGACCUGAAAACAGAAGCUGCAGACGGACUGACAGAGGCCCAGAAGAACCAGAGACCAGAGAGGAGAUACAGUUCUCGUAGGAGGGACAAGACGAGCAGCACCCUGGCAGCUCUGUAACUGCACUGAAAACGUAACACCUCUCCUCGAUUCCCUGCUUCUCUGCAUUGAGCUUUGUAACAGAGCUUUGCUCAUGGACCUUGCAUUUGCCUUUUUCUCAAAAAACAUUGUGUUUUUGUCAUUAAGGUCAAUUUUAGCUUUCAGUGCCUGAUUCCUGAGACAUUAAACUUCAUUGUUCAUCUGUUGAAUUAUGUUUUAUUUUGGGCUAUCCCAGCACUUACUGUAGGGUGAUUUGUUGAGUGGAAGAUGGUCUUCACUGGCUCAAAUUGCAGUUAAAUUUUAGAAUUGCAAUUCAACAGGCUGAGGAAGUGGAUCAGAUCAAAAAAUGUAUUUAUUGUUUUCCUUAAAAAGGCUUUCAUUGAACAGUAGUUAAUGUAACAUGUAACUACUAACUACUACUAACUACAGAAGCCUCUUGGAUGAGAGGUAAAAUGUUUUCAGAACCAAAUAAAGGACCCUUAUCUGCGUUUAAAA